UAUGGUGAUAUGUAUAGAAAACACUUGGUAUUUAUGUCUAUACUGAGAAAUCUUUUUUUCAAAUUUUCCUGGAUUUUUAAUUCUCAUGAAACACAUGCAUUGUUGCUAUUUUAAUUUGCUGAGUGAUAAGAGAAAGUGAAAAUAAAGUAUAAUUGACACAUAGUUAUUGAUUUAUGCCUUUGGUAACUCUAACCAACUAUACCGGCUCUUCCAGAUAUCACCAUUUGGUGCAGGUGAGCAGGAGUGAACAGUUUCAGGCAGUGCAGAGAAGAGAGGGCUUAGAGCACAGGUUUUCUCAUUUUCUCUUAAAGUCUUUCCCUUGGGGGUAUCAUCUAGCCUUAUUUUCAAGUUCCAUAGCCUCAUUUCAUGAUGACCAGUGGUUCAACGUUCCAAGAAUUAGUGUCAACUCACCACAUGCCUUUAGACAAAGCAUGUGAAUGGGUGAAAUAUGGGAGGCUUAGGUCCAUCCUUCUCCAUCAAAUUCCAGUCACACAUUGACCCUUAGAUCCUUUCUAGGAUCUGGAUUUUCUCUGGGAUUUCUCAUUUGUUCAGAUCUCUGCUUCACUUCCUUCAGCCACCUUUGCAUACUCACAGAGACAGAAAUGUAUCUCCUGGCUCUUCAUUCUUGCAAAACUUCUAGGACUUGAUUCUUGAUUUUGUGGUUACUGAGGUACAAUUAAGAGCAGACUCCGUGAGCCCACUAGCCUGAGGACAACUUGCCAGACAGAAGGAGUUGACACUUUACACUGUCCUUAGCAUGCAGGGCACACUUCACAAAUGUUCAGUAAGUGACAGAACGAUUCCUAUAGUCCAAGGCAGUGGGUGUGACCUCAAGUCACUGCAGAGGCCUCAUUAUUUCAAUGUCUCAACUCUUGCUGUCAUUACUCUACAUCUUUUUCUGUGCUAGUCUCUCUGAAGCCAAAGCCCUACUCACCUCAUUGCCACUGAUCAAAUCGUGGCUGUGGUUCAUAUUCCAUGCAGGUAAUAUUUUACAUUUGUGUAGUUAUCACGAAGCAGUUUUAGAAUUGCUUUCAUAUACGUAUUACUUUUGAGCCUAACAUCAAUGACAGGAUACAGACAAGGGAAUCAUUGUUACUCCAUUUUAUGGAUAAACAAACUGAAGAAUAAAGGCAAUUUUCUGAAAUCAAAUGUCUUAAAAAUGGUGGAAACUAAGAUUAGGAACCUUGUCUUCUCACUGCUGAAUCAACACUAUUUCCCUUGCCACUACUUCCAUGCUAAAUUCUUCCUUUAUGUCUAGAAUGACACUUUUGAUGAAACCUUUCUAGUUUCCUCAGUCAGAAAUCAUUUCUCCCUCUUUGGAGUUCCUAGAGCACUUUGUUUGCACAUCUCUAAUAGCUCGUGUCACAUUCUACCCUCAUUAUAGCGCAUACUUCUUAUUUUACUUACAACACUGUAGGUUCCAAGAGGGUAGAGAUCAUGACCUAAAAAUGUUUCUUCCAAAUAAUCUAUAGCACUGUGCCCUGUACAUAAUAAGAGCUCAAGGCAGAAAAUAUUUUAUAUAAAGAAUAAACAAAUGCAUAUCUCUAUUACCUUAUUAACCCACUUAGAUUUCUUCUCCUGGUUUCCGAGUAAUUUGGUGUUGCUUUACCUUACAUACAGGACUAAAAGGAAAUGACCAUAUCAUACGCACAGGUAUAGAUAAACAUGGUUCAGGUAUAAGCAGGAAUUGACAAGUGGAUGGAGAUUCAUCUUCUUUGUCCCCUGGACAUAGUUUGACAGUACGCACAGCGUUUCCCCAGAGCAGGACAGACCAAGUGCAAAUGAGUCUCCUGGGAAGAAGACAAGGGCAAAAUAUAGGUGAGUGUUAAAUGUACUCUCCUGUCCUGCUCCAGUCUUCUUGUCUUAGUGCUUCAAUACCUACUACACAGUCUAAGCAGAGACCAGACUUGGAUCUCCAGGAAGUAAGAAAAUCUGCAGAUCACUCUGCUUCCUGUGAUACAUGCAAAUAUCUGAAGGAUUUUCCGUUUUCAGGAGAGAAGAAAUGGAUCAUGGUGAGUAGCUGGAGUUACCAAGAGAGAUUGAUUGAUCCCUGAAGGAAGGUCCAAGGAAGAUGAGGAGGGACUUGGGAAAAUGGUAGGACAUAUCAUUCCUGGACAAGAGAAAGGGUGUUAGGGAAAAUGACUAGAUAAAUGAAGAUUCAGGGCACACAGCAUGGUUAUCCAAGGUUGGGGGAAUUUGGAUGGUUGUGAGGUCAUUCAGGUUUGGGGACAGGGUACAAAGGACCCUUCUAGAAGUCUGUCAGUGUCAGUAUCGUCUUUGAGAAGAAGCACAAGGACUGAAAAUUAUACUGUAAUACGAUGAAAGGAUUUCUUUCCUUGGAUACUGUAGAGAGCCCAAAGCUCAGGGUUCUCAGUUCUGAAAGCCAGAAAAAUAGAACUCCACAUCUUUUAAUGUUUCAAAAUAGAGCCUGUUGGGAGGUAGAUUUGCAGCAAAGAAUAUGGAAGAGAAUAUGCAAUAGUAAGCAUGUGCUUGAAUAUACGGAAACAAUACUUUAAAGAGAAGAUACAGUUCUGAGUGAUCUGCAACUCAGAGCUCUUCAAAGGUGCUACAAUCCUAUACUGAAGGAAAGUUGAAUUAUUUUAUUCCAUAGAAUAUGACAGAAAAAGUGAGCAAAAGAGAGAGAAUGAAGGACCGAGUGUGUUUAUGAGUCGGUAUGAGUGAAAUAUGUGAACACUCAUAACUGAUUAAACAUGGAUAGGUGUUAUGCAACAUAAUUUAUAGCAGCUAGUGCUUGGUCCAUACCAAUUGGUCAAGUCCUGUGUUAAGUGCUCUCCAUGGAAUAUAAAUUUAAUUCUCACAACACAAUCUAGUAAAGUAGGCAUUAUUAUUAUUAUUCCUGUUUUACAAAAGAUGGUAUGGAAGUACAUACUUGACAAGUGAUUUGUGCGGUAUAACACAACUCCUAGGUAAUGAAAUCAAUACUGAAAUCUUUCCUCUAAAAAUCAGUGCUCUAAACCAGUAUGUAAAGGUGAAUGUGCAGUAAAUAGUGUGGCUGAUGAUGGAAAUGAGGAAUGUUAUACAUAUCCUGAAGAGUAGGAGCUGCUACGUUGGUGCUACUUCCUACGAGGGCUAUAACGUAUUCUCUGCUCCAAGAAACAGAUACUUUUCACCAGCAAAAGGAUUUUAUCAAAUGCAUUGAGGAACUAGGCAAAGAACUCUAGUAAACUACCUCACAGGUGAAAGUGGAAGUAUGUGGCUUAGAGUAAGAGACAGUCUCUUCCCACUGAUUAAGCCUCACUGAGUUCUGCCCAUGUGUGUUGUUAUGGAAAGGAGGUGAUGGAGUCAAUAAUAUGCAUUUCAGUACCUCAUCCUUUAGUCCUUUGCUAUGAGCCACAUCCAGAAGAUCUCUAGUCCUGUGGAAUAUCAGAGUGAACCCUGAUUGUCCUCCUACCCUCUUUGUGCCAAGUGAACAGUAUAUUAGAGAAAUAGUUGGCAGAAAGAGUGAGUAAUGGACUGAAGGCAGGACCUUAAUUCAGGCUUCAUGGAUUAGAGAAGCAUUUAAUGAAGAUAAACAGUCACUGAUGUGUUUUCAAGAGAUGACUCUGUGGUAACCUACUUCCUUAACCACAGAUUAGAAUUCUUGGAAUAGCUCACAAAUAAUUCUGCCUUGCAGUCUUGCAAGACCCAUCUAUCUAAGUACAGCACUCCCCUUCCUCUGCUCCCCUCUCUGGUCCAGAACCUGAGACAAUGACUGAUAUUUCGAGAACCUGACCUACCAACUAAUUUUAGACCAGAGAUCAUAUCCAAUGUUCUCAGACCUUGUGGAUAUGUUUAUCAUGAAAGUACCCCAUGUGUGCAAGCUGAGGGUGUGUCCACAGAUGUGUAACCUUGAUAGAUAGGUGCUUCCUACCAGCAAAGACCCUGAGAUCACACUUCUCUGCCCUUGACCUAUUUCUUGUGGAUUCCAAAGCUCCAAGGGAUUCAUUAAUUCACUUUUUAAUCCAUAUCCAUUAAAUAUUCAUGUAUUUUCCAGUCACUGUCCUGGGCAUGGGGUUCACAGUCAUGAAGGACAGAGUCUUGAGAUUUGGAAAGUUGAAGUGCAGUGAAAAGAAACCUAAAUGCAUGAGGGGGGUGUGCACUAGGAACGAAUGCUAUUGAGGCACUUGACCCCGCUUUGGUGAGAUGCCUCCUAAGUGGAAUCUUGAAACUUGAAUCAGCAGCUAAAGAUUUUGGAAUGGGCAUAACUGGAAGAGGGAAGAGUGUAUGUAAGUGCAAGAGUGAUUAUAAUGUGUGUGGGAAGAAGAAACUAGGAAAGUAUGUCUCGAGCAUGAAAUACCACAUAGAUGGUCACAAGACAUGAAGCUGGAGAAGUAGGUAGGGAUCAAUAUAUUAAAUGCGUCCUAUGUGUGAUAAUGAAAACAUUUCCAUGUUUAUUCAAAAGCAAUUGGAGUGUCACUAAGGAAUUUGUGAGGAAGUUAUAUCACUUUUUAAUUUCCACAGACACUAUUCUGAAGAAACUGUGCUGAAUCAAAGGACUACAGUCAAUGGAUCACCCAAAUACUAAACUUUGUUUCCUUUCAGGUGGGGAAAAAAGUCUUUGUGCAGUGAGUUCCUAGUUAAAUAGAGAUCUGGAACCAACAAGGGAGAGACUAUCGGUCUAUGUUCACUGACAAAGGAGCUGGGAAUGACAUGAAUAGUGACAUUCAAAUAUUUCCUCAGGUGAGAGAGGCUUAGGGGUGGGAGUUCCUUUGAUUCUGGGAGACAUUCAUAAUAAACAAAGAAACAACAAUAAAAAAUUUUGAUGCAAAUGUGUGCUUCACAUUAGAAGAUGACUCCAUAUUAACCAAAGUUAUUUUAUGAGUUCACUCACAGGGAAGACUGAUUUACUAUCUUAUCUUGGUCUCUUGUCUGAUGUCAUAGUCAUGUUCAUUGUUUGUGGUAUUGUCACAGAAGACUUCAAUACCUCUCAGGGCUCUUAGUCAUGCUGGAGGAAAACAUCACUCUGGUCAGCGAGUUCAUCCUGGUGGGCUUCCCCACUGCCCCAUGGCUUCAAGUCCUGCUCUUCUUCCUCUUCCUUGUGGUCUAUCUGCUGGUGGCAGUGGAGAAUCUUGUCAUCAUGCUUGCGGUUUGGGUCACUGGCUCCCUCCAUAAGCCCAUGUACUAUUUCCUGAGUAGCUUGUCUUUCCUGGAGGUCUGGUAUGUCUCCGUCACAGUCCCCAAGAUGCUAGAUGGAUUCCUCCUGCAGAGACGGCACAUUUCCUUCACAGGUUGCAUGACCCAGCUCUACUUCUUCAUUUCGCUUGCCUGCACAGAAUGUGUGCUUCUAGCAGCCAUGGCCUAUGACCGCUAUGUGGCCAUCUGCCACCCUCUCCGGUACCCAGUCAUCAUGACCACAGGUUAUUGUGCACAGCUGGUGACUUCCUCCUAUAUGACUGGUUUCAUGGUCUCUGUCAUCAAGGUCUGUUUCAUUUCACAUGUCACCUUUUGUGGUUCCAAUGUCAUGAACCACUUUUUCUGUGACAUCUCACCAAUCCUGAAACUGGCCUGCAAAGACAUGUCCACAGCUGAGCUAGUGGACUUUGCCUUAGCUAUUUUCAUCCUUGUCUUCCCUCUUACCACCACCGUCCUUUCCUAUGUCUACAUUGUCUCUACAAUUCUGCGUAUACCCUCCACCCAAGGAAGGAAGAAAGCCUUCUCUACCUGUGCAUCCCACCUCACUGUAGUCAUAAUUUAUUACACAGCCAUGAUUUUCAUGUAUGUUCGGCCCAGAGCUAUUGCAUCAUUUAAUUCCAACAAACUAAUCUCAGCUGUGUAUGCAGUCCUCACACCCAUGCUAAAUCCCUUCAUCUACUGCCUUAGGAACCAGGAAGUCAAGAAUGCUAUCAAAAAGACUGUGGGAUUUAGGGGCUGGCCCCGUGGCUGAGUGGUUAAGUUCGCGCGCUCCGCUGCAGGCGGCCCAGUGUUUC